UGUCACAUGUAAAAAUCAUGCUGUUUUUUUCUGGCUGUCUUACUCUCAUAGUCUAUCUGAACAAGCUACAAUAAAACACACUGGUUCAUGGUUUGGUUGCAAGUGUUCAGGAGGUUGGGUAAGACAAAAGUGUUGCUGCCCCUGGCAGGGUAGUAGGUGCAGUGUGCCUUUUGCCGUGCUGUGUGGAUGUUUCUUGGUUAUGUGGUUCCGCUGGUACUGGCUGGGUGUGCCGUGGCAGCUCAGCAAGCAUCUGGGCAUGGAUUAUGUGUUCAAGCAAAGCGGGCAGUAAGAAUGCUGGCAUUCUUCCUCACAUUCCUUCAGAACCUCUCUGCCACCAUCAGCACCUGUGGACCGGGACCCAAACCCAUGCCGAGAUCCUCAGUGUGCAGCAGCUGUCUGCCACGUGACCAUGAGACCCCACAGUGUCAAGGGAAGCAAAAAAAGAAGGUCUUGUCCCUGGGAGCCGAUGUUCUGCCAGAGUACAAACUUCAAGCUCCUCGCAUCCACAAGUGGACCAUUCUACACUACAGUCCAUUUAAAGCAGUGUGGGAUUGGUUAAUCCUUCUGCUGGUCAUCUAUACUGCCAUUUUUACUCCUUAUUCUGCUGCUUUCCUAUUGAACGAUCACGAAGAAAAAAUGCGCCGUGAUUGUGGAUACUCUUGCAAUCCGCUGAACGUAGUGGACCUUAUUGUUGACAUUAUGUUCCUCAUUGACAUUUUAAUUAAUUUUCGGACUACGUAUGUUAACAGCAAUGACGAGGUGGUGAGUCACCCAAGGAAGAUCGCCAUCCACUAUUUUAAGGGCUGGUUCCUUAUUGACAUGGUGGCAGCGAUCCCUUUUGACCUUCUGAUCUUCAAAACUGGCUCUGAUGAGACCACCACGUUAAUUGGACUGCUGAAGACUGCGCGUCUCCUACGGCUGGUGCGAGUGGCGAGGAAGUUGGAUCGGUAUUCAGAGUAUGGAGCUGCUGUGCUUUUUCUACUUAUGUGCACUUUUGCCCUCAUUGCCCACUGGUUGGCUUGCAUCUGGUAUGCCAUUGGGAAUGUGGAGCGUACAUUCGUCAAACCAAAGAUUGGUUGGCUGUAUUCACUAGGUGUCCAGAUUGGGCGGGAAUAUAAUGAUAGUGAUGCCAACUCAGGACCUUCCAUCAAGGAUAAGUAUGUCACAGCAUUGUACUUCACCUUUAGCAGCCUAACAAGUGUGGGAUUUGGAAACGUCUCACCCAAUACCAACUCUGAGAAGAUAUUCUCUAUCUGCGUCAUGCUUAUUGGCUCUUUGAUGUACGCUAGCAUCUUUGGGAAUGUCUCGGCUAUCAUACAGCGACUUUACUCUGGGACAGCCCGAUAUCACACACAAAUGCUUCGAGUAAGAGAAUUUAUCCGCUUCCAUCAGAUUCCCAAUCCACUGCGGCAGCGACUGGAAGAAUAUUUCCAACAUGCCUGGUCUUAUACCAAUGGAAUAGAUAUGAAUGCGGUCCUGAAAGGUUUUCCAGAAUGUCUACAGGCUGACAUCUGUCUACAUCUCAAUCGUAGCCUUCUGCAAAAUUGUAGAGCUUUCAAGGGAGCCACUAAGGGUUGCCUGAGGGCCUUAGCCAUGAAAUUCAAGACCACCCACGCACCACCUGGUGACACAUUGGUACAUGCUGGAGAUGUCUUAACUGCUCUAUAUUUUAUUUCCCGUGGUUCCAUUGAGAUUUUACGUGGGGAUGUUGUGGUAGCUAUUUUAGGUAAGAAUGACAUUUUUGGUGAACCCAUAAAUCUUUAUGCAAGACCUGGAAAAUCGAAUGCAGAUGUGCGAGCUCUAACAUACUGUGAUCUUCACAAGAUCCAUAGAGAAGACCUUCUGGAAGUGCUGGACAUGUAUCCAGAAUUCUCAGAUCAUUUUUGGUCCAGUCUGGAGAUUACAUUCAACCUCCGUGAUACCAACAUGAUUCCUGGUUCUCCUGGUAGUUAUGAAUCAGACGGAGGGUUCAAUCGACUGAGGCGACGGAAACUCUCCUUUCGAAGACGGACAGAGAAAGAUGAUGAAAAGGCCGGUGAAAUUAAGAAGUCACAGAAACCUUUAAGGAUACGCCGCAACAACAAGAAAGUGGAAUUGAAGGGACAGGAGUGGGAAGACCACAGGAGUAGUGCUACUUCUGUCACACAGUCCAGUGAUGAAGAAAGGCCAGCAGCCAGUUCCAGUGUCAUAGAGCUGUCCCCAACUAAGGCUACUACUGCCAAUAUUGACUUUUUGGCUUCAGACACUAGAGACUGUGAUCAGGAGCAGAAAAGUGGUGAUGCGUGUAAUCCUCUCUCAGGAGCUUUUUCAGGGGUAUCGAACAUAUUUAGUUUCUGGGGAGAAAACAGAGGUCGACAGUAUCAGGAACUACCGAGAUGCACCGUUCCUGCCCAUGCCAGCCUUGGUUUGUCACCACAGUCAAUUAAUAGACGGCAGCAGUUAGAAUUAGAAUCACGACUGGAUCUGCUACAGAAGCAGUUAGACAGGUUAGAGAACAGAAUGAGUGCCGACAUUAGCAGCAUAAUGCAGCUGUUGCAGAGACAGAUGACAUUGGUACCGCCAGCAUACAGUACCGUUUCAUCUCCUCCACAGCCUACCAGUUAUCAUUCCUGCAGCAGGGAGAGGACAGCACACUCCAUCAAUCCAGUUACACCUGUUGGCUCUGAAACCCUUCAGUCUUUGUCGCAGAUUUCUGACUAUCCAGAAUUUGAUGGGUUUCCAUUGAAGUCAUCUGAAUCUUUUGUGAGUGACGAACAUCCAGAAGAGACACUAAUGGCAUAUUCCAGUGAUGUACUAGUAGAGAAGACCCCUCUACCCGAUGUUUCAUUCCUACCAAAUACACAGACUUCAAGCCCCUUUCAUGCCCCGCGAAGGCAUUCACUACCUGAUGAACUGGGAGACCCUCUAGACCUGCGGACCCCACAGAGGCACUCAUCUGACCCUGGCAGUUAAUCAGACAGAGUGGAACUGCAUACAGUUGGUCCUGAGCACAAACUAUGGAGGGCUGUCUGGAGACCUUGUUCCAAUGGUGCGGCAAAAGCACAUGCUUCGGCAUCUCUGAUAAAUCUACCUUCAUCAGGCACUUCCAUGAAAGGAUAUGCAGCUCAGACAGAGUUAGCCGUGGGCCUCAUUAAAUGGAAGCAGCGACUAGAAACCACUUUUAAGUUCAAGUUCUGCACUAGCUUUUGUUGCCUUAAUGGUUUACCGGAUCUAGGAAUACCAGCCUUUUUUUUACACAAGACUGAUUUUAUGAAGUCAAGAUUUUCCUUUCCAUGCUGAGGAAAGGUGUGAAAUGGAAGUGAUGCAUUUUAUGCCUUUGCAUGUCUCAACUUGUAAUGCCUCAGGAGCUUUAAAUGCAAUUGAAAGGGAUGAAAACUGAUUGGAGUGGACACAGACUGUUCCUUGCAGGACAGCAUAGCUGCUCCUUAGUCAGUAACAGUCCUUUGUUCAUCAUCUUUCCCUAAAAAGAUGUUAGCUGGCCUAACAAUCCUAAUCACCUCCAACCCAGUUGCUCUUGUGUUCCUCUAGUUUUAAGGAAGGAAGGAAGGAAGAAAAGGAAAGUUUUAAAAUUUAUUGCACUGGCAACAAAGAAUCUUAUCGGCUUACUUAGUUUAAGUCAGUACUCCUUUUCUGUCCUUUUGUAGAUCUUGUAAAAUAUAAGAAUUAAAAUAUUUAAAUCCCAAAAACCAGGAAUAGCCAUGUAUUAGCAAGCAAGUCACAAUUCAUCUAAGAACUCUUGAUCGUGCAUGGGUGUUUUAAGAAACAAAAGGUUAACAAAACUGUAUUGUAGUGAAAUGAGAAUAAAGAGAAGAACAUUAACUAUUA